GGGCCAAGCAGUCACGCCGAAGGGCAAGGUAAGGAAUCUAGCUCGCCGCCGUCGGUCGUAAUCCCCUCAAGAUGCCUCGUGUAUACAAGCCCGGAAAAGUCGCAAUCGUCCUCCAGGGACGCCAGGCCGGCAAGAAGGUCGUAGUGAUCAAGCAGCUGGAUGAGGGCACGAAGGAGCGGCCAUACCCUCAUGCGAUCGUUGCGGGCAUCGAGCGCUACCCUCUCAAAGUGACGAAGCGCAUGGGUCAGAAGAAGUUGGCGAAGCGGAGCAAGGUCAAGCCUUUCAUCAAGGUCGUCAACUACUCUCACCUGUUCCCCACCCGGUACGCACUUGAGCUGGAGGGUCUCAAGGGCACCGUGGCUGCCGAGACUUUCAAGGAGCCAACACAGCGGGAGGAUGCGAAGAAGCAGAUCAAGAAGCUCUUCGAGGACAGGUACACGAGCGGGAAGAACAAGUGGUUCUUCCAAUCCCUGAGGUUCUGAGCUCGCUGGUUCUUGUCCGUCGCGUUGUAGGAGACCUUAAAACCGCUACAUACAUGUAUUUCACAUGCACACUCAUGACGCAUGCCCGCAUACUGCUUUCUC